AUGGAUGCGGAUGAGUCAUUGGCACGUGCGAUGGAGGAUGGCGGGAAGGAUGACGAAAUAGGCGACGAGAUCAAUUCGCAGCGCCUCCGUCGUCGCAGCCGCCGCCGCGACUCGACGCAAUGCGACGACCACGACGUACGGACGGAUGGAGGUGGAGGUGCCGGAGACGGCUGCCCCGUACAUCCACCGACCACCUUCUGCCGCGUUUGCGGCCGCUGA